ACCGAGUGCCCGCCGCUCCCCCGCGGCCGCCGCUCGCCCCUGCCCGCGGCCGGCCCGCUGGGGCGCGAUGGCUUUGGUUGGUGUUGUAGACUCAUAUUUCUCUUAAGCUGAUGUUUUCCUAACACUUUCAGCUUGGCUUUAAAAGCUACUUUGCUGGAAUGUUUUAAACGGUUAAAAAACCUCUAGGAUUUGAAGGUUAUUUAAAUUAAUUGAAGGAAGUACUUCUGGCCUCACCAAAGAAAUAACUGGAAUCAUGGAUCAGAACAACAGUUUGCCACCCUACGCUCAAGGCUUAGCCUCCCCUCAGGGUGCAAUGACUCCAGGAAUUCCAAUUUUCAGCCCGAUGAUGCCGUACGGCACAGGACUGACGCCGCAGCCUGUCCAGAGCAGCAACAGUCUGUCCAUCCUGGAGGAGCAGCAGCGGCAGCAGCAGCAGCAGCAAGCGGCACAGCAAUCCACGUCCCAGCAAGCCACACAGGGAACAUCUGGUCAAACCCCCCAGCUCUUCCAUUCACAGACUCUUACCACAGCCCCCUUACCAGGAACCACCCCUCUGUACUCCUCUCCGAUGACUCCAAUGACUCCAAUAACUCCUGCGACACCGGCGUCAGAGAGCUCUGGCAUAGUGCCACAACUACAGAAUAUUGUGUCCACAGUGAAUCUUGGUUGCAAACUUGACCUGAAAACUAUUGCACUUCGUGCCCGAAAUGCUGAAUAUAAUCCUAAGCGUUUUGCUGCUGUUAUUAUGAGAAUAAGAGAACCACGUACUACUGCACUGAUAUUCAGCUCUGGAAAAAUGGUGUGCACAGGAGCAAAAAGUGAGGAGCAAUCCAGACUGGCCGCAAGGAAGUAUGCAAGAGUUGUUCAGAAACUGGGUUUUCCUGCAAAAUUUUUGGAUUUUAAAAUUCAGAAUAUGGUGGGCAGCUGUGAUGUGAAAUUUCCCAUCAGACUGGAAGGAUUGGUACUCACACACCAGCAGUUCAGCAGCUACGAGCCGGAAUUGUUUCCUGGCUUAAUCUACAGAAUGAUUAAGCCAAGAAUUGUUCUGCUUAUUUUUGUUUCUGGAAAAGUGGUUUUAACUGGUGCUAAAGUACGAGCAGAAAUCUAUGAAGCAUUUGAAAACAUCUAUCCUAUUUUAAAGGGAUUCAGAAAGACAACGUAACAGUUUCUACACAUUUCAGAGAAAUCAGGGGUAUAUUUUAAAAGGUAUUGUGUAUGGCACAGCAGUAACAAGAAAUGGACUUCCAGUGCAACUGCAACACCAGGACUUGGACUAUUUCCCAGUUAGUGCCUACUUCCCUGAUGCUCAAGGGGAACUGUUUUCUUGAAUAUGUCUACUGAGUUACUGUGAGUUGCUUUACUGGGCUGUUCCUGGAGCAGCCCCUCCAACUUUUAUUUAUAUUCUAGCUUUUAAAUAGUUUUAAUGCCAGUUCUAUUAAUAGAAAAAUCUGUAAGUUGGUUUAAAGACAAAUGCAACUGUGUCACUCAGUGUAUAAACCACUUUAAUUGCCAUGUAUAUAUGUUUUAAGUUCCUUCCAUAAGACCAUGGUUUUUAUAAUUUUCAGAACUUUAGCUUUUAAAUUUUUUCAAUUUUAAAUUUCUUUGGUGCCAGACACAUUCCCUCUUUCCAGUAUUAAGCAAGAUAGAAUAAAUUUAUUAAUUAAAAUGGCUCACUGUACAUAUAUAUAUAAUAUAUACCUUUCUUCUCUUUCCUUCUUCAACUCCACAUGUACAAUAAACCCUGUUUAUACAACUGUGGGAACUGUCUUAAUAAAUUUUAAAAUUACCCAGCUGGUAGAAUGAAAUACAUUGAAUUACUU